AUGGCUCUACACAGCGGUGAUAAGAUCGAUGAUCAGCUACGGCGCGAUAGUCCAUCGAAUCUUACAUCGGCCAACACGAGUAACUUGUCGUUGUCUCAAUCCAGCAUAAGUCAAAAUGUUAAGAAUCUUAUGUCACCUUUGUCGGCAUGUAUUAUUGAAACUGCAUUAGUUCAAGAUAAGGGACGUGCUUUUGGCAUUUACGCCAUAGCAGUAACAAGGCUAUCCGACAAAGAAUUAUGGCACAUAUAUAGAAGAUACAGUGAUUUCCACGAACUUCAUAGCGCUAUUAAAGACAAGUGGCCUGAACUAGGAAAUCUCCCAUUUCCGGGCAAGAAGACAUUUCAAAAUACUUCGCGAUCUGUAUUAGAAACUCGCAAAAGAAUGCUAAACAACUACCUUCAAAUUCUCACAAACCUUGCGCGGGAAACGAAGUACAUGGCGAUUUUGUCUCAGGACUACCUUGGUGGAUUCCUCAGUCCUGAGAACCAGACUGAGAAACACACUAAUUCGAUCGACGCGAUGCUGGUGAAUUCUUUGAGAGCUGGUAUGAGAACUUUGAAGAACAUGCCCGACCAAUUCGCGAAUACUGUGGACGGUGUUAUGGACGGCAUAUCAAAAGUAUUUCAAGGGAAAGGUAAUGAAAACUAUUGCGAAGAUUUGAGAAGUGGCUACUCAUCGGAAGGGCAAGAU